AUGACAAAAGUGUCCAUCAAGAACACCAGAACACUAGCGCCCCUCAAACACCAGAACACUAGCGCCCCUCAAAAACACCAAACACUAGCGCCCCUCAAGAACACCAGAACACAAGCGUCCCACAAAGGGUCGUCAACACAAGCUCUCCACAAAGGAUCGUCAAUACAAGCGCCCCACAGAGGGACGCCAACACAAGUUCCCCACAAAGAGACGUCAAUACAAGCUCUCCAAAAAGGGACGCCAACACAAGCGCCCCACAAAGGGACGUCAGCGCAAGCGCCCCACAAAGGGAUGUCAACACAAGCACCCCACAAAGGGACGUCAACACAAGCACCCCGCAAAGGGACGUCAGCACAAGCACCUCACAAAGGGACGUCAGCACAAGUGCCCCACAAAGGGACGGCAACACAAGCCCUCACAAGUGACCAUACACCGCAGCAUGACACAGGCUGGAGUCCUGAGCUCAGCAAUAAGACGAUGAUACCGCAGCGGGAGGGCCAGCUGGUUCAGUGCUACUGUGGUCCCCAGGAAGUUCUGAUGGGAGGAAGGUGCCAACCAUUCCCAAAAGCCAUCUUAGUUGAUAUCGAGGCAUCCAUCUUUGAGAAAUCGGUUACUGAGCUGAAUGUUAUUGUGCAAGAUCUAUACUGCAGUGUGGAGGACGACCAUAGAGAAAUGAGGUUUACAGAAGGGCAGUUUUACCUUCGAACUCGCGGAGACAUUGUGCUCUCAGACACUGCUGGUUAUCUGAGUGGUUUGCGCAUCAACAACUAUUGUGUCAGCCAUUCUUUGGACGAGAAGGGGAAUCUCGCAUCGAUACUAAAGGCGUGUGUCCCCCCUCCCUCUAUACCGCGUAGCAUAACACCAUCUCCACCUCUACUGUUGCCUCCACUGUCUGCUGGGCUCUUCAAGAACAGCGUCCAGUGGCCAGUUAUCAGAAACCACUACAACCCACUCAACUGCACCGAGGAUCCUAUGAAAACAUUGUUAUUGGGCUCUGAAGUAUCCCACCUAGUAGCCCUCCCAACAGGUGUCAUACACACCUGGGUGUUAUCUGAGGACACAGCCGAACGAAAAUACACGUAUCCUCCGGAAUUUUGUGUAGAUGGACGGGAGAAUCUGGAUGGAUCUCUUACAUACACAGCCAACUUGUGUUACAGUAACCCGCAAGAACACCACCACAAAAUUUGUGAUGGUAACAUUUGUGUGCGCAAGUGUUGUAAUUCUGGACAAAUACUGGACGUUUCAUACCGAUGUAUUCGUUAUAAUAUAACAUUUACACCAGCCAUCAACAUCAGCAUCACACAGCCAUACAAGACGGUGAUAGGAAUGGCGCUCUGUUCGUCAGCAACGAAUGUCACAACUUACUCUGGACGGGACGGGACAUCUUAUUUACCAGGGAGAAUUUUACCCCCUAACCGACUACUUUACAUGUUACUUCAAGGUUCCAGAACUUCUCAGAAUGGUGGCUGGUACCAGCUCUGGCAUGUGCUCUCUCUCAUGCAUAGCCAUUCUUGUAACGUAACACAGGUAAUCUUGAGAGAGGCUGAUGACCUAACUUGUAUAAUACUAGCACUCACCAUGCAACUUGGAUAUCUUGCCGCAUUCUUCUGGCUUAGUGUUCUGUGCUUCGAAGUCUGGAGAAAAGUUAGACCUUCCUUAGAACACAAACAGCGUAGAAGAAAUUAUAUUUCUGAUUUCAAGCAGCAGUUCUCUCUCUUGGUGCUUAUGUCAACAUGUUGGUUUACCGAGAUUCUUUCCUGGAAAAUUCCUCCACCUCAGAUGUGGACUGUCACCGAUAUCAUGAACACACUUCAAGGUUUCUUCAUAUUUGUCAUCUUUUUGGCAAAUGCAAGUAAGCGCAAACAACUCAAGAAGAAGUAUCCAGGAUUGUUUGUGGCAGCAAACCAUCUCAAAGUGGCAUUUCAAAAACUCAAAUCAUAUGUGCUGUGCAGACAUGGUGGUGGUGUAGUUUUGUCUCAUGUCCGCGCUAUAACUUCCCAAGUCGGAAGAAAAAUAUCGGAUUCAUCGACUGUAUCAAAUAUUUCUACUUUGACUUCCUCAGUGAAUAUAAGUUCUGACUCUUCAUCCCGCGUGGUCUCAUCUGAUGACCCUAACAGAAAACUAUCUUCACUUAUCGAAUCAGAGGAGGACAUUGUUACUCUCUCUCAUUCAGCUUUAUGCUUUACACUCAGCAGUGAGAGUGAUACAUCUCUGUGAUGUGCAGAAUAUUUCAGAGGGGCAUUGCAAACAGGUAUGAUCAAAAUCUAAUUUGUUAAUUUAAAUUUUGCGCCUUUUUUUCAGCUUGAAUAUUGGAGUUCCAAAAUUUUAUGCUUCAUACAUUAGUUAUGGCAUGGCAGUGGUUCAUGAGCUGAACACGAAUAUUUUUAUUGUUUACUGCGGUUCAACAAGUGAAUAUUCAGACUGGAAAUCGGAAUAAUAAAUUUUAGGAUGAAAUCUAUAUAACUAGCAAUAAAUCACACAAUUGCUAAAUAAUACAAGCCGCACAUGCUGGUAUGACUGGAUAUAAGCAUACCAUGAAGCAUGAUGCCGUCUUAUCUGAAUAGUGUUUGCUUUGUGUUGAACUCGAAUGUACUGCACAUUUUCCCUUAGAUCACAAUGUUUACACACAGGUUUAUACUUUCCCAACAUUUUGCUUCGUCUAUUAAUCAAUGCACUUAAUUAAUAUAAUACAUUUAUUUGUUUUAGAACAGGUCAUGUAGACAUCCGGUUAAAUUGAAAUUUAUUAGAUUUACUAUUACUCUGAGAAAGUUAUAAAAUUUAUAACUCUUUGAAGACGGAGGGGAAGGGAGGGUGUUGAUGCUGGUCAUAAAAUGUUAAUCCAAGGAAUAAGAUCCACCAUUUCCUUGGAUCAAACCUGAUUACUUCCCAUUCCUUAUGUGCUGCAUGACCGUGCUGGCUUAGUGCUUCCAUUGAAUAAAAUAUGAUAAUUUGCUAAAUAAUUAUUUAAGACUACCAAUACAUAAUUUAAUAUUCACAGUUUUGUUUGUAGAGACUUUCGUUUUUCUUGUUGGGUCACUGCCGGUUUGUUGAAAGAAGAAUUUUGUUUGUAAUCCAUGUGCCUCCAUGUUUUCCAUGAGCCCCAGCCAGAUUUUGACUUAUUGGUACCACCCAAGGUGGCAAAUUCUAGUUUGUUUAGAAAUAUUCUUUAUCUGUCGAUGACAGUUUGAUAUGAUAACUAUUUGAGAGUGGCAGCUUUGUCAUAGUUAUGAUCUGUUGAAUUCACCAACCUAGCACGAAGAUACCCGAACCCUAUUCCUCCUCCCUUCCACCUUAGAUUAAUAGAACUCUUGAUGAUCCUGUGACCCUUUCGGAAACAAUGUAUUCCUCUGCCUUCCCUGUUACUCCUCCUAAACUUGAUCCCAUUCAUCAGGGUUUUAUAUUUGUCUAGGGAUGUAUUGAUCUUCCCAUGUGGAGCCUGUAUAGAGAGGUAAACUUGUCUUUGCAUGAUCGUCUCCACUAUUUUGUCAGUUUCCAUGACCUUCACGAUCCUACCACAUACAGAACUUGCCUGUGCUAAUAAUACUUUAUUUGAUCGUUGCCGCCAUUUAUUGCAUCGUUUUAAUCUUCAUACAGGUUCAGCAUUUAACUGACUUUGAUUCAGGUUUACUCCUUUCCAUCCUUCCUGCCCGAAGGUUCACUUGCCUCCUAUAAACUUUAGCUCACUCUUUAACACUUUUAUUUACUUUCUCAAGCUAUAGCGCUAUACGCUCGUGCUUCUAAAUCUCCAGUUGGUGCAGGAUAUGCAGCUGUUUUUCUGUAUAUAAUUAAAGGACAUUUACUGGAAUAGACUCAUUUUAGCAGUGGAGUUAUAUGCGAAUCAGCUAUUCAUGAACCGCUGUAUUACCUUGUCAGGUUUAGCGCUUAAUUUGAUUAUUAUUAUUAUUAUUCACAAACUAUCAAUUUCCUGCAGGAGUAUUUCUCUUGGACUGUUUUUCCAGUGUUCUCUUUUAAUCUAUGAAACCGGUUACUGAUAACUUUAGUCUAAGUACUGAGGUUGUUUUCUGUCAACCCAUAGUUGAAUUUCUGGCCAUCUUCCCACCAUUGUUUGGUUUGGGAAACUACUCCUAAGACACACAAAUCAGAUGUACGACUCGCAUAUGGGUACCAUAUGGAAAGGCAUAAGCCACUUUUUGCAAGGACUUCUAGGUCGCACUCUCAGUUCGUCAUAUCUUAAUUGUCUGACCUACAUAUCAUACAGUUCAAAAUUCACUUGCAACAUCUACAAAAUCCUAACGUGCUCACUCGAAUUUACCCCUUUGCUGAAAGUAAUACUAUCUUUGACCAUUUUAAUGAAAACUAACUUAUUGCUCCAAUGAUUUCAGUCUUGCAAAUACACUCACUCCCACCCUUUGCACACCCUGACUUGCGCAUCCCACUCUUUGUAUACCCUCUGUGAAGAUCCCACUCUUUGUAUACCCUCUUUCAGCAUCCCACCCCUCGCACACCUUACACUUCCCAACCCUGCCCACGAUGCCAUGUGACCCCUACAGGUUUAGUACUUAAUUUGUAGUAGUAAUUAUUUCAGCAAAUGUAAGGUAUGCUGUAAUGAGGCAGAGUUGCUCUUUCGAGAAGAUUAUUACGUAUCAGUAACUUCUAUGGACCCUGUAAAUAAAUUAAUGCCUAAAAGCUUUUACCGCCUCAGGUUGUACCAGUAUCUUCUGCCCCAUCGAUUACUGUCAGCUACUAGCCCAGUGGAUGUUAUUAACAGUAUUUGGUGUUAGUUUAAAGACACAAUAUUCAGUAUUUGAUGUAGAAGAAGCCUCUUGUAUGGUUUCCUUAACACUACACUCUUUACUCUUAAAAGUUACUAGUUUUCAACUUGCAGUUGGCCAGACAAAUUUGAUUUUAGUAUUAUAUCUUUUCUAGGGGGAUAGAAGCUUUUAGAGCAUCAUACACGUUUGUUAGUAGCUCUUGCUUUGUCUCAUAAGGUUGCAAGGAGCAUUGAAUGUCUGUCCUCUUAUCUCUAGUGUGUUGCUGUUAGUUUAAAUCUUUGUUCCAUUGAUUAACAGUUGUGUGUGUAUGUGUGUGUGUGUGUGUGUACAGUUUAUAAAUAAAUCUUGACUUUGCUGGCAAGGAUAACUUUGAUAGGCAUGAUAUAAUAAACAUCAUAAUAUAAAAUGUAGAUUUAGCCUACCUUUUGAUCCACGAAACUAGACAUAUCCUCCCAUUGGCUCGAAACUAAUUGCCAAUCAUUUCUUCAAUUAUA